GUAUGAUAACGAACUUUUUAAAAAAUAUAUCCAGAUUGCUCUAGUCAACUUUGCUGUCUCAAUGGAGGUACUUGUCAUUUGAUCAAUGGUGGAAGAAGCCUUAUGUGCAGAUGUACUGAUGGUUGGAAAGGCGCAAAUUGUGACUUUGUAGAUUGCACUAGUCCGCAAUAUUGUCAAAAUGGGGGAACAUGCAAUCUGAUAAACGGCGGAAGAAACCAUUCAUGUAGUUGCACUGAGGGUUGGAAAGGAACUAAUUGUGAUUUUACAGAUUGUUCAAGUCAACUUUAUUGUCAUAACGGAGGGACAUGCAAUUUGAUCAACGGUGGAAGAGGACACACAUGCAGCUGCGCUGAUGGCUGGAAAGGGUCCAACUGUGACUUAGUAGAUUGCACAAGUCCGAUACAUUGUGGUGAACAUGGUGACUGCAAACUGACAAAUGGGGGUCGUAACAAAACUUGUAUUUGUUUUUAUGGGUGGAAAGGUCCAAAAUGUGAAAAUAUAGACGAAUGCACGCCAUAUAAAAAGGCCGACUUUGUAUUUGCUAUCGACACUUCGAUGAGUGAAUGUAAUAUAUCGUUUGAUAAGCAUAAACAAUAUGUCCAGAACUUUAUAUCCAAAUAUCAAGUAGGGCCACCAAACUAUCGAUACCAAUUUAGUCUUGUGACAUUUUCUCGACAAGCGACCAUUCAUUUUUACUUAAAUACUUUUAACAACAAUAGCGAGAUACAAAACGCAAUAGAUCAGCUAACAGUAGAUUGUGGUGGCCCGAGUUUCACUGGAACUGCUUUGAAGAAAGUACGCGAAGACGUUUUACAGACGGCACAUGGUGUGAGAGAUCCGGCUGACGUCGAACGCUAUAUAAUAUUAUUAUCGGAUGGACUGUCGUCGGACCCGAAUAUUGUGAUAUCAGAGGCGAAUGCUUUGACAGUCAGCGGUGUGAAGAUUUACUCUGUUGGUAGUGGAGUGUCGAUACGACAUGAGGAAUUGUUAGAAAUAUCAUCUUUUAAUUAUUAUGUGUUUCCAAUGGCAACAGAAGAUUGUUUACAAACACUCCUUAAAUACACCAUGUUUGGUUGUGACAAAUGUUCAACAAAUGUGUCAGAUGUUGCUAUUGUGAUGGAUGUCUCGGCUAAUAUAAAUCAUAGAAACUUUGAUAUGCAAGUCAAAGCUGUCUCUCAUCUUUUAACACUUACUGAUGUUGGUCCAAAUGCAACUCAGUUCAGUUACUCUACAUUCACGAAUGCCACAGUGAGUGUAUAUAAUUUUACAACCCAUCACGACCGAGUAAGUCUAAGAGCUGAUGUUAAUAAGAAAACAAGGCAGGUAUACAAUAAAAAUAAUAACAUAACCCGUGCUCUGAAUGACGUGAAUAAAAAUGGAUUUUCAACUUUGAGAGGAUCGAGGUCAGAUGCAAGAAAGAUCUUAGUUUUGGUGAUUUCAGGAAGCAUGAAUGAUACUCAAGAAAUAAAAACUGCGGCAAAACAGCUCAAAGACUCUGGAAUAAUAAUUGUUACCAUAGGUACUGGUAGAAGUGCUAACUGGAUCAACUUGCGUGAUAUAUCAUCGGACCCAACGCUAACGUUUGUACUAGGGGAUGACAUCCAUAUUGGCGUUAAUGUACUAGACUCUCUUAGAACAACUUUAUUAUAUGAUUAUUGUUCAAAUGUAUGAUCAUAAAUUACAUGCUUUAAUUAUACAUUGACAAUAUUGACAUGACUUUAGUUACGCUGUGUUUAUCACAUUUUGUACAGACAUCUGACAGCUAGUACCAUUAUAAUCAAGACAUUGCAGAAUACGUUUAUGAAAAUUUCACAUGUUUACUUUAGUCGUACAUAUAAGACAAUCCUGAUAUAUGUUACAAAAUACUGUAUUUGUCUGUAAUAUCGAUAUUUUUGUAUUUUCCACAUUAUGUAUCUUGAUCAAUUAUUAAGACCAUGAAUCUAAAAGUGAUUUGAUUUUUUAGACAAUAAACAGGUUUUUAACAAUUUUCAAGUACGAGCAGAGUAAAACUUUUAAUGAUAAAAGUCAAAUUAAAAUGACACAGUGAAAGAAAAGAAACAUGUAUUAAUAAAGAAGAUGUUUACCAUACCUUUACACUUCUACGUAUGACAAGUGUUUCAACAAAUUGCCGCUAAACAAUAAAAACGUGUACCUUGUUUAUGACGAAGAACUGUCAGUAAGUAUCAUGCUUAUGUGUUGUGCUCUUAGUUUUGUUUUAUUGCGGUCUUUAUAUUUUAUAUAUUAUAUUUGCUAGGCCAAUUCAUAUGUUUCGUGAACCUAGCCCAAGUUCGUAUUGAUAUAUGCCAAAGAGUUAUAUCAUUUUGGACGAAACUGAUAAAUUGUUCAAGCCAAAAUAUCGACAAACUAUCUGGUAAGUUUUACAGCAUGUUAUAUGAAAUGAAUACUUUAAACAAUGUUAAGUCCCAAUGGAUCGAAAAUGUUAGAAAUUUGUUGUGUUCUUCAAGUUUUUCAAGAGUAUGAUACUGUCAAAGUUUCUUAAAUGAGAAAUGGCUGAUUUGAUCAAUUUGCCGAAAGUUAAAAGAUAAUUUUAUACGGAAAUGGCAAUUAACAUUAAAAAGGUAUUAAAACUGAGUUUGGAAGAAGUGCUUAUAUCAAGAUUUUGUCAUCUAGACGUAGCUUAUCAAUUAUGCGUUUUUUACUAGAAAUCAUAUAUAGGCUGCUUGUGGAAACAGGAGGAUGGUAUGGAAAACCUUCUUCUGAAAGAAAAUGUUCCUUUUGUAAUGAUGAUGUAGGGUGACGAAUUUCAUUAUUUGUUCACAUGUUUGAGGAAAGAAAAAAGUAUUUAAAACGGUAUUUUUAAGUUAAUCCCAUUUUUUUAAAUAAGAAGAAUUGUUUAGUAGUGAAAAUAAAAUUUUAUUAAAUAAACUUAGUAAUUUUAUCGAAAUAAUAUCUAAAAACAUAUAACAUUGAUAUGCCUGGAUUGCUCGUUUACUUGAAAAUAUAUUUAUUUGCUACACAUAUGUUUUUUUUUGUAAUUUUACAUGUAUUAUUUGGAUAUGUUUGUCAUUCUCUUUUUACGUAACACCUGUUAAUAUGCCGCCAUUAUUCACUGUAAU